AUGGGUUAUUGUUGGGCGGUUGGAUGUAAUCAUCACAACCAAAGAGAAAAGUGUAAAUUUUUUACACUUCCUAAAGAUCUAAAAUCUCGUAACAGGUGGUUAAAAUUACUUAAACGAAGUGAACAACCUGGUCGUGAAUGUGUUGUUUGUAGUUAUCAUUUUAAAAAUGGACAUAGAAUUAACGGUCCGGAGUUGCAAGACCACUUAAAAAAGGCUUUUGACAAUGAAUUUCCCCAACCUCCCCAAAAAAGAAGAAAUCAAAUAACCAAGAAAGUAACCAUACUUACAGAUACGCAAUAA